UUAAUAGGUAUUUUAAAUAGGUAUAUCCCUAAUUAAACCUUUUUGAUUUUGUUACUGACCCUAGCUGUAAAAUAAAAUAAUAGAAUAAUUUACUGUCAAAAAUACAAGCAAUAUCGAUUUGUGGAUUGGAAUCCUUUUAAUAAUCAUGAAAACAAGAAUCAUAGCUCUUGGAAAAACUAUUUCUAAACUAUUCGAACCUAGGACAUAUGCAACACAUCCGGUACGCUGUGAUGCACAUAUGAAUGAGUUACCUGUACCAUGCGGACCCUGGGAGCUAUGGUACAAAGAUAGACAAAGUUAUUACAACAAGGUGCUAUUUGCUGGCGUUUCUUGGUGGUUGUUUUCUUUAUUCAUGGUGAUUUACACAGAGAGCAUAUUCCUAAAUUGGGGUCCACCAGCACAGCCUGGACCCCCAAGUGACAUGGUGGAAGAAUGUGAUGACAGCGACAUAUAA